UAACUACGCUUACUCGGCUUCCGAAGUUUCUGAAGACAAUGGCAGAACAAGCGGCAGAACAGAUGCUGACGGUUUUGGAGAAAACCGUCUCACAAAAUCAAAAUGAUCAGAAACAGGCGAUGGACUAUAUUGCGGCGGCAUGUCAACAAGAUUUUCCCGUUUUCGUUCAGUGUCUCAGUAUGAUACUUCGCACACAGCAAUGUCAGUCAUUUGUUCGUCAAGCCGCCGGUUUGCAGUUGAAAAACGUUCUAUGUGCCAAAGAAACUGAAACCAAAAAUGUGUAUCUGCAAAGAUGGCUACAAUUGACGGCUGAAGUCAGAGAACAGGUAAAGCAGAAUGUGACCGGAACAUUGGGAACUGAACCAUCAAGACCAUCAAUUGCAGCUCAAUGCGUUGCAGCAAUCGCAUGUGCAGAGCUUCCACAAAAUCUAUGGCCCAAUGUGAUCAACCUGCUAAAGAGCAACGUGACAGAGUCACAAAGCGGAGAAAUGCUGAAAGAAUCUUCACUUGAAACUCUUGGAUACAUUUGUCAAGACAUUGAUCCACGAGUUUUGGAGACAAAAGCCAAUGACGUCCUAACAGCAAUUAUUCACGGAAUGCGUCCCGAGGAAUCAUCCGCCAACGUUCGAUUCGCGGCCACCAAUGCUUUAUUGAAUUCGCUAGAGUUCACAAACACGAACUUUAGCAAUGAGGCCGAGAGAAACAUCAUCAUGCAAGUUGUUUGUGAAUCGACGAGCAGCAGUGAUCAACGAGUAAAAGUAGCUGCUCUCCAGUGUCUUGUUCGGAUCAUGCAGCUGUACUAUGAACAUAUGCUUUCAUAUAUGGGCAGUGCACUCUUCCAAAUCACUCUCUCUGCAAUGAAAUCCCAGGAGCCUGAAGUGGCAAUGCAAGGAAUGGAAUUCUGGUCAACUGUCGCUGAGGAAGAAUUUGACUUGUACAUGACCUAUGAGGAUGAAGUUGAAAGAGGAGCUCCAAAUCCAAAAUGUGCAUCGCUACGAUUCAUGGAACAAGCUGCUUCACAUGUGUGCCCGGUUCUUCUUGAAGCAAUGGCUCACCACGACGAUGGAGACGAUGAUGAUGACUGGACACCAGCAAAAGCUGCCGGUGUAUGCUUGAUGCUUGCUGCUCAAUGUGUACGGGAUGAUAUUGUCAAUCACGUGAUUCCAUUCUUCAAACACUUCCAAAAUCCUGAUUGGAAAUACAAGGAAGCAGCUAUCAUGGCAUUCGGAUCUAUUCUUGAUGGUCCUGAUCCAAAGAAGCUUCUUCCGAUGGCACAGGAAGCUCUUCCAGCUAUUGUUGCAGCCAUGUGUGAUAAGAAUGUCAAUGUACGUGAUACUGCUGCAUGGUCUCUUGGAAGAGUUAUUGAUACGUGCUCGGAGCUUGCAAACAACGCGGAACUUCUUCAAUCUGUUCUUCCGGUUCUUUCCAAUGGUCUUCAUCAAGAACCAAGAGUUGCUAACAAUGUUUGCUGGGCCCUCGUUUCCCUUGUCAAAGCUUGCUAUGAGUCAGCCGUCGCAAAUGGAACAGAUGGAAGUGGACAACCGGACACAUUUGCUCUUUCCUCAGUAUUCGAUCCAAUGGUUGGAGAGCUUAUCAAGAUUACCGACAGAGUAGAUGGAAAUCAAUCGAAUCUUCGAAUCACUGCAUACGAGGCUCUGAUGGAACUGAUCAAGCAUUCACCGAAGGACUGUUACUCAGCUGUUCGAAAUACAACUGUAGUCAUAUUGAAGAAAUUGGAAAGCCUGCUGCAAAUGGAGUCUCAGGCGACCAGUGAAGCUGACAAGGCUCAAGUUCGGGAUCUUCAAGCAAUGCUGUGUGCCACAUUACAAUCCGUCACUCGCAAAAUGCAGCCAGCCGACAUUCCAGCCGUUGGAGAGCACAUUAUGAACGGACUUUAUCAAAUUAUGAACAGAGCUGCAGCGACAAGAAGUAAUGCGGUCAUGGAAGAAGCUUUGUUGGCUGUUGCUUGCUUGGCAGAACAUCUAGGAAAAGGAUUCCUCAGUUACAUGAACGUGCUGAAACCAUAUUUGCUAGAAGGACUUUCGAAUACAGAUGAGACACAAGUAUGUGCCGCCGCCGUUGGACUUGUCACCGACCUCAGUCGUGCUCUUGAAGCCGAAAUCAUGCCAUUCAUGGAUGAAUUGAUUCAAAAGUUGAUUCUGUGUCUUCAGUCACCACGGUUAGAUAGAAACGUGAAAGUUGUGAUUAUUGGAACAUUUGCUGACAUUGCAAUGGCUAUCGAAGCACAUUUCGAACGAUAUGUCGGCAGUGUUGUACCGAUUCUCAACAAUGCUCAAAAUGCUGCAGUUGUCACUGAUCCGAACGAUGAUGAUCAAGUUGAUUAUGUGGAUAGAUUAAGAGAAGCUUGCCUCAAUUCAUAUACUGGAAUUAUUCAAGGAUUGAAGGCAAUUCCUGACACGACCGCUGCCCGAAACAUGAUCAAUGUAUUCGUCGAGCCGAUAGUUCAACUGAUUACACGGAUUUCAUCAAUGGAACCAGUUCCACCAUCAGAAGCACUUAUCGCUACUACAGCUGGUAUCAUUGGUGAUCUUGUUCAGUUGUAUGAGGGUGAUAUUAUUCGAUUCUUCCUAACUGAUAAUGUGACACAAAUGCUGCAAAAGGGUAGAAAGUCAAAGGUGUCAAAGACGAAAUCGAUGGCCAAUUGGGCGACCAAAGAAAUUAAAAAGCAUACGAACAACGGAGCAGCUACGUUCAAUUUUAAUCGUUAAGCAACACAAAACUUUCAAUCUCAGUUCACUUUUUUUUCCAAUUUUUCUUAUUUUCUUCCUCCACCCCCCACAUUUCUCUUUCAUUUCCCCACAUCUCUUCUUACAGGUCAUAUGCUCUCUGUUUCUCUCUCUUUGUCUCUCCCGUUUCCUUUUCUCAUUCAUUGCUCCGUUUUUUCCAUCUUCCAAGUUUCCAGCUUCAUCUCCUCCCCGGUAUUUUUAUUUUAUUUUUUUAUCUCUGACGAAUUAGAAUGUAAUUUCCCCCACUUUUAUUUUCGUUUCCUAGAUUGUUUGCUUUAUAUUUUUGUGUGUGUGACCCCUCAUUAUUCAAAUUUUUCUAUUAUGAUUCUGAUUUUUAGCAGCAAUUAUCUUCAUCAUUUUCUGGUUGUUUUUUGUCGGUCUUUAUCGAUUAUCGUUUUUGCCCAAAUUUGAAACUUCUAACACGGUAUCUGACGGCCCUAUACGUUAUCAUUUUGUUUCCCCUAUUUAUUCAUCACUAUUUUUUUUCUCAAAGUUUUACCGGCUAACACUAUUAGUUUUUUUUUGUAAAUCUAUGUUUUCUAUCCGAAGGGCUGUCAGUUACCAGUUGUCAUCCCGCCUAUUUCAAUCUCAAGACACAUCAAUUGCACUAAAUGAUUCUCUUGGAA